AUGGACUCUGAGAGCACCCCUGAAGCUCCCAAAGCUCCCGUGAGCAAAAAGAAAGCGAGCAAGAGGCAUCCUGGGGAAAGCAGCAAAAUGCCUCAGGCUAAGAAAUCUCGCACUACAGGCCUCCCAGAGGACGGACCCUUAGCCAAUGCAACACCACCCCCUUCUCCUCACGAGCAGCAGACUCCCCCUGCUCCUGCUGGGUCGACACCGUCUCCACUGACCCCAACUGAUCAGACUCAGCAGGUCGGUGCUGCUUCCACUGGGGUCGACAUAACAAGUCAUGCCUUCAGAUCAGUCAAACACAAGGUCGCAAAAAUUGUGAAGAACGAUCACUGCCGAGAGGCGAUGGCUGCGACUGAGACAAUGGAUGUCGACCAGAUCCUAACCCGCGCCUUGAAUGAAUUUGCCAGUGCAUUUCUAACCCUUACUGCCGGUCAGCUACGCUCGGGCGCCGUCACCGAGCAGUCCAAAUCUUUGAAGCAACGACAUGCUGACGAACUCAAGGCUGCCGAAACAAAACACGCUGAAUAG